AUGGAGUGGACUACUCGGCAUCUCAGACCCUCGAUUGACAUCGUCAGCCUCAGCAGCAGCAAGAUGGUGUUCAUAUUGCUAAACGCGGACGUCUCCAUGGCGAAUGCGAUGAGGCGGAUCAUGCUGAGCGAAAUACCGUCGCUUGCCAUAGAGGUUGUGACCAUACUGGAGAACACGUCGGUGUUACACGACGAGUACCUAGCCCACAGACUUGGGCUGCUUCCCAUCGACUCCAAGAACGCGCGCAACUUCGAGUACAGAGACAAAUGCAACUGCAGCGACAAGUGCUCCAAAUGCACCGUGGAGUACUCCCUCGACGUCAAAUGCCAGGGUGAAUCGCGAGUCGUCACGCACUACGACAUUAAGCUCGACAGCUGGGACAACGCCCGUGGCGCCGCGGCGGCGCCCAUGCCCGUCCCGAGACCGAGCGCGGAUAAAUUAACUGUCGCAUACGGCGACACUUCUUACGCAGCAAUGGACGGGUCAAUGCAUGCCAAUAUCAAGGGCCCACCGCUCUGGUCGGACGAGCCCUCGGAGGGCGUGCCGUCAGCAGUCGCUGGGACGUCCUCUGGAGCAGCUUACCACGGCAGUACAUACAACAUGCCGCGCAACAAGGACUUCGAGGAUGCGGAUGCACCUGCAGGAGGGAUACCCAUAGUGAAGCUCAAACGUGGGCAGGCCGUCAGCAUGAAGAUGACCGCGACCAAGGGAAUGGGUAAGUUCCACGCGAAGUGGAUGGUCGCCAACGUCGCGUACAAAAUGGAGCCCAUAAUCACAAUCAACAAGCAAGAGGCGGAAAAGCUCACUUCGGAGGACAAAACACUCAUCGUGAACAGCUGUCCGCGGAAGGUGUUCAAGCUCAGCAGCCCGAAGAGCAUGUUCUCAAGCACUACUAAAUCCGAGUUGGUUGUCGACAACAACCUCGACUGCAUCUAUUGCGAUGAGUGUCUGAAUCAGGCUCGCGAGAUGGGGGUGAGGGACCUCAUACGGGUGCAACCCGACGAAACUAAGUUCCACUUCACCGUGGAAUCCAACGGGGCCAUACAGCCGGAAAAAAUUCUUGAGAUUUGCCUCGUCACGCUGGAAGAAAAGCUGGCGGGGCUGCAGCAACACUUCCUGGAGGCGCAGGCACGUAGUCUGGGCACGAAGUCGCAGGCGGGAGGCAGACCGGGAGCGAUGCAGCCGAGGGGCAUCGACCUUGACUGA